AUGUGGCUCCCUCCGUGUUUCCCCAAACAUGAACGCCCCAGUUGUUGCCCCCAUCUCUCACCCCAUCCCCGCCUCACUUGCUCUCACAACCCUGACUCCCUCCGUGCUUCGCCUCUAGUCACGAACGCCCCAGUUGCUGACCCCUGUGGUGGAGCGUGCAAGGGCAACCGGGAGUGCGUGCAAGGGGCGUGCACGUGCAAGGAGGGGUAUACUGAGAUGGAUGGCGCGUGCACUGGUGAGCUCAAGAAGAAAGGGCUUGAGGUGGCUCACGGUUGCUCAGCAGUGCUUCAACGUCCAAUGCCUCACUCUCACCUCACUCUCUCCUCACUCUUCACUCUCACCUCACUCUCUCCUCACUCUCUCCUCACUCUCACCUCACUCUCUCCUAACUCUCACUCUGUCACCUCACUCUCACCCUCACCUGUCUCAGUGCACAGCUCAAACGUCCCAGUUGCUGACCCCUAUGGUGGAACGUGCGGGGAAACUCGGGAGUGCGUGCAAGGGGUGUUCGAGUGCAAGGCGGGGUACACUGAGAUCGAUGGCGCGUGCACUGGCAUGAAUGCCCCAGUUGCUGACCCCUGUGAUGGAAUAGUGUGCGAGGGCGACCGGGAGUACGUGCCAACGAACGGGCAAGGGGUGUGCGAGUGCAUGGCAGGGUACACUGAGAUUGAUGGCGUGUGCACUGACGUACCUCCCAACGUGCCUCUCGCCCCUCUCAUCCCACCCACCCGCCCUGUGACAGCCGUGUGCAGCCCGGCAUGCUCCCUCUACGCCUCCUGCCAAGUGGCCAAUGGCACGGCGGUGUGCGAGUGCGAUGCCGGCUACACCAUGCUGGACAACGGCGAGUGCACGCGUGAGUGCCUGGGGGUGAAGUGGCCAGGGGUGAAGCAAUAUCCCCUUCUUACUUCGUGUCUCUCAUCACAUUCAGCCUCUUCCCCUCCCUCAUGUCCUCUGCCGGUUCCUCAAAACCCUGAUCCGCUUGUCCCCCUUGUAGCCGUGUGCAAUCCUGCAUGCAAAGCCAAGGCUGGGUGUGUGGUGGUGGGAGGCGACUCUGUGUGCCGCUGCAAGCAGGGAUACGUGUUGAAGAAGAAGAGAUGCAUGCGCCGAGGAGGGCUGGCUAGACGAUGGGGUGGUUGA